CAAGAUGGCGGCGCUCGUCACAAACAGCCGCUUCCUCUCAUUUUUCCGUAAAGUGGGAAGUUGUUUUUUCAAGUCCAUUGUCAUAACCCAGGCGGCCACGGCACUGGUCAGGAUGGAGUCUGAGAGAGCAGCAAAGUUGGAGUUUGCUGUGCAGAUGACAUGUGAAAGCUGUGCAAGUAAAGUUAGGGGAGCUCUGGAGGCUAAACCAGGUGUGAAGUCCGUCAAUGUGGAUGUGCAGUCCGAGACUGUUUUGGUGGAGACUGUGCUGACGAGUGCAGAGGUCCAGGCACUUAUCGAGAGCACUGGCCGCAGAGCUGUACUCAAGGGCAUUGGAGGGUCACACGAAGACCUGGGAGCGGCUGUGGCCAUGCUGUCAGGCUCAGGAGUGCAGGGCGUGGUGCGUUUCCUGCAGAUGUCUCCGGAGCGCUGCCUCAUCGACGGCGCCGUGGACGGGCUGCAGCCUGGAGCCCACGGCCUCCACGUCCACGCGCUGGGGGACCUUACACUGGACUGUCUCAGCUGUGGAGAGCAUUAUAACCCACUUGGACGGGCCCAUGGUGGACCAGGGGACUCUGAAAGGCACGUCGGAGAUCUGGGAAAUAUUGUUGCCGGUGAAGAUGGAAAAGCUUCGUUUAGACUAGAAGACGAUCAACUCAAGGUGUGGGAUGUGAUUGGCCGGUCUUUGGUCGUGGAUGCUGGAGAAGAUGAUUUGGGCCGGGGCUCUCAUCCUUUGUCCAAACUGACGGGAAACUCUGGAGAAAGACUGGCCUGUGGCAUCAUUGCUCGAUCAGCGGGUCUCUUUGAAAACCCAAAGCGGAUCUGUGCGUGUGACGGAGUGACUCUCUGGGAGGAGAGGGACAGGCCCAUAGCCGGAAAAGGUCGAAACAAAGCCAACAUGGACACACCAGCUGCUCACCUGUGACCUUUGAACUUUACACCUGAAGGGGUCACUUACAAAACAAACUGACCAGAAACUGAAGAGGAGCUUUGUGCACCGCAGCAGGUGACGGAGACUGAACACACACCAUAUCAAAACAGGGACUAAACUUGUAACUAAACCUGAACUAGACCGUGACUAAACCAGGUCCAGGUCAGGACUAAACCAGAUCAAACCAAAUCAAAUUAGGACAAGUGUGAACACAGCCAGAAUGUACAUGUUAGCAGAUAAACCAGUGAAAAUACCUACCUCUGAUAGCCGACAAAGAUCAGUUUUCCUCGAAGUGUCAUUUGAAGAUCUUAAAACUAAUUGGGAUGUUAAAGGUGGAGGGUCCACCACAUGCUUUUCUCCAUGGAGAUGUUAUUGCUUUGUCUGAAAUGCUUCACAGUAUGGCUUUAAACUUUUCUAAUUUCACUGAGACCAAACCAGGCCACGUUGGUCAGAAUACCUGUUUUUCUAGGUAUUUUUGAGCUAUAAAACCACCUGUAAUCAAAUAAAUAUAAGGUAGAAAGGCAGAAAGCUAGAAAGGUGACGGACCCUCGACUAAAAAGCUACAUAGUGCACCUUUAACUUCACAAAAAUUAAUAUCUGUUUUUUGUGAAUCACCUGGUAAAGACAAUCGCACAAUAUGUUCUCUCACGUGCCUAUACAUGUCCUGCAGAAACCAACUCUUUUUGCUGCUCCUCGACAUUUUUACGACGUUAUCCUCACUAUUCAAAUGUUCAUAUAUUGAAAACAAUUAUUUCAGUAAUGGAGACGAUGUAUUGCCCGUCUCUCGUUAAAAGCACUUAUACAUGAUCAGUCAGUGGUCUAAUUAUAAAACUAUUCAGCGGGACAUGGUUAAGAAGUUAAUUUCAUUUGCUCCGCUCGAUCCUUCCUUGUCAGAAUAUAAGUGCUCUGUGAACAACAAUCUUUAACAGGCUUUUAAUCUAUGGUUUAGAGUUAUGUGCACUUAUAUCAUUGUGUACUCAUGAGUUCAAAGUAGCAGACAGCAGGAGCAUUAAGGCUGACUGUUAUGGACGCUCCUGUAAAUGCUUUGCUUUGUAGUAAUUUGACUCUACUUAAUAAUUCUCGGAGUAUAGUUUUGGUUUAAUGUUAAGUUGAAUCUAAGCUAUUUAUCUGUGUUUGAAUGACACAAAUGACAAUUGCCAAUGUCGUUAUGUGAUUCUUGAGUUUCAUGGAAGUAGAAAUGUAGUACUGGCUACAUUUGAAAAAGCACUGUUUAAAGACCAUGGGUGUCUUUGCCAAAAUGUACAUCAAAGGUUUGUAGGUUUGUUGAAACAUUAUUAUUUCAAACAUAUGGAGAUUUUAUUUUAGUUAACAUAAGUGUGUGAUUCAAAAGUCACCAGUAAUAUAUGAUGCUGUGUUUUUUGUUAUUGUAAACUUUAAGCCUACAUCAAACUCUUCCACAUUCACGAACACAAAACUGCAUUUCCAUAUGACCCUUAUUUAUCAUCAAAAAGCAUUUAGAUAUAUACACAUUGUUGUCAAUAAAGUCACGUACCGGUGGCACAGUGGCUCAGUGUUUGCCUCACAGCCAGAAGGUCUUAGUUUCAAUCCUGGGGCGUCAUGUGGCCUUUCUGUGUGGAGUUUGUAUGUUCUUUCUGUGCCUGCUCCAACCACUAAAACAUGUUCAAUCGUUCUGCCCUCUGGGGCCAGGACUCCCCUGAUAUUCAUUACUACUAUAGUUUAGGACAGUGUGGAUGUUUACACUUAAAAGGCUGAUUGUUUCCACUGUGGUAUUGAAGUAGAAACUGAACAUUAAGCUUUAUCCCAAAUAUCACAAUUGGGUUUGACAUUUUAGUACUGUAGCAACUGCUACUUAAGGACUGGGCAAUGAAUCAAAUUUUGGGGGAGAGCAGAUGGAAACAAGCCUUAGUGAAAUCUGGUGUAAAGCGUCUUGUCUUUGAGCUCAUGGCGUCCACACAUGGGCCCUGUUAAAAGAACUAAUAAACUAAACAUUUGAAUCAAGAUUCAGUCAUGUCUAAUGGUCAAUGAUCCGCUUGAGUGUUUUUAAUGGAGAGGCUCUGUCAGUAAACACACGUGGUUUGGAGCAGAGUUCAGACUUUGUAGGAAUAAGUUUGUCUUUUUUGUGUUAAAUGACAAUGACUUAAAAGUUCAUGUUGACAUUUUUAUAUAUAUUAUGUCAAUUUUGAAAAGAGCUAUUUUAAUUUGAAAAAGUAUCCACAUGAGAAAAUGUGUGAUUGAUUUUUCUCCAUAUCCCCCAGCCUAUGAUUAUUCUCUACUUGAGCCGAUUCAAUAUGAAACCAAAAGAUGGAGCGAGUGACCUGAGUAGCAGAGGGAGGAGAGGAAUGGGGGAAGGCAGAGUCAUAUUCCCUGUGGAGUGAAAGCAUCAGGGGCCAGUGUAAGUGAGAGGGGCUGGCUGCUCUUUCAACAUGGAGCUUCAAUAUUCUGUUCACAGUGCAGCCCUAAUGUAUGUACAACCUCAAGGUGCUCAAGAUACAGACCUCUGUGACUCUGCACCAGUCUACACUCUGUGCUGCUGAACUGUGCUCAUUAUAGUCUUGUCACAUUACUUAACCAAAUCUAUUUUGAGAGUAAGAGAAAAGCCCAAUAUUUGAUUACAAUUUUGAUUCUAAAAAUUACAAUGUACAAUAAAAACACAUUUUAUUAUAAAAUAGCAUAUUAUUUUCGACACAAAAUCACAAUAGUUUCUGUAAUGAUACUUCAUGAUUCUAAUCUAUACUACUACUGAAAUAGGAAAUCAGGAAAGGUUUGUCCAGUUUGUGUCUUUUUCUCUGCAUCAGUACCUGCUUAAACCAAUAUCAAGUUUUCAUACUAGUUUUAUUUUUCUUUUAAUAUAAUAUGAAGAUCAGGUUCAACAUUUGUGAAAUUGGUUUUGGAUAUUUCAACUUUGUCAUUUUCUAUAAACUCUGUAUUAUUUUUAAUAAGUUCAGACUGAUUCACUGAAGUAUAAAGUAUUUUUUUGCUCUUACACAAAUCUCAUGUCCACUGGAAAUUGUACUGAUACACCAUUUGCCUUGAAAAUAAUAAUAUUUGCACUUUAAGCAUUCCGUUAAAUUAAAAUAAGUAUCAUUAAUGAUCAA